GCCGGUAUGCGUCGUCAUCGCAGCCAGACACCAACAACCCACACAGAUCGACGAGUGCUCGGCACAUUAGCGGUACCAGAACAAUGCCAGCGCAGCUGUCUGCCAAGGACAGCGAAAUCCGCAGCACAUAUUCGAAAUCGCAAAUCAACCAAGCAACCCUGGUCACCUCUGUGCGCAGAAGCCCCGAAAGCAGGCGAACACUGCUGCGCGCAUGUAUGAGGAACGAUCUGGGGACAUUUCUCUCGCAGCUACGCUCUCUGAGUGAGCAAACAACCGCCAACGUACGGGCGUCAAACCAGAUCACACCGCUGAUUAUUGCGUGUCGCUACAACUCCACCAGCAUCGUUGGCUGGAUCUGCCAGAACGACAAAGCAGCGCUUGAAUGCCAGGGUAGGAAACAUUGGAGAUGCCUGAUAGUGGCACUAAAAAGUGCAGCAGAACAUUCAGCCUAAUACUCGCUUUUUCUUUGUUUGAAAGCGUUUAGAUGCCCGGGGCGAUACUGCGUUGCAUCACGCGACAGCCAGUGGCUACAGAGAAUGUACCUCGACACUAUUGAGGUCAGGCGUGUCACCAACCUGUC